CAGGCAGAAACGGAUCCGGCAGUUGAAUAAUUUCAGGUAACGAUCGAGUGUCACGUUGGAACUGCCCAGCUCAGUCACGACUACCACGUGAUUUCACCGUCCUUUUGCGCCGUGCCCACGAUUUCAAUCGCUCUAAACCACUCUCAAGAUGGGCCGUGUCCGAACCAAGACCACCAAGCGUGCUUCCCGUGUUCUCAUUGAGAAAUACUACCCUCGACUCACCCUCGACUUCCACACCAACAAGCGUAUCAUCGAUGAAGUCGCUGUUGUCCCAUCGAAGCGUUUGCGCAACAAAAUUUCCGGGUUCACGACCCACUUGAUGAAGCGCAUUCAGAAGGGUCCUGUCCGUGGCAUCUCCUUCAAGCUGCAGGAAGAAGAGCGAGAACGCAAGGACAACUACGUUCCCGAGGUCUCUGCUCUCGACACCUCUGUGAACGGAUUGGAGGUGGACCCUGAGACCAAGGCUCUCCUCUCAGCCCUCAACUUCGACUCCAUCACUGUCAACGUUGUUGUGCCUCAGGUCGCCCAGCCAGAGCGUGGCCCCAGACGUGAGAGGCGGAACGUGCCGGGCGCUGCUCCCCGGUAAUCACCUCCACCCACUCGUUAUUUUGAAGUAUGGUACAUGUUCCCGCCUGCCAAAAAUGAUAUGCUAUGCCAACUUCCUCCUCGAUUCGUUGUCACGUUCACUUUUAGCCGAAAGCCCAGAGCUACCGAGGAUCUAU